AUGGACUGGAAAGACACUCCGGACCCAACUAAAGCUCGGAAUCUUGAAUCAGCAGCUCGCAGGAUGCGCUUCCAGGCUCUUGGCCGCGCCUGUGCCGAUGCGGACAUCAACACUCUUCUUUUGGCCCAUCAUGCCGACGAUCAAGCAGAGACUGUAUUAUCAAGGAUACAUAGCGGAUACACGGGAACCGGUCUGAAAGGCAUCCAACCCAGGAUGCCCAUUGGAGAAUGCGAUGGGAUCCAUAAAGUGUCCAAGUCUGGUACCUACCGACACUUAGACAAUACCAGGAACUUGACAUCCGCCUACGUUGAGUCUGGUGGAGUCGUGGUGCAUCGACCGCUCCUCAGUUUCACCAAGCCAGAGCUCAUCACGACUUGCGUGGCGAAUGGUGUGAAAUGGCACGAAGACGCGACAAACGCCGACAAAACUCUGACUCCACGCAAUGCAAUUAGACAAAUGCUCGAGUCCAAUGCUAUGCCAUCUGCCCUAAGUUCUGACCGCUUGAGGAAGCUGGCUACGAACAAGUGGAGCAAUCUUGCAUUGUGCGAGAAAACAGCCGAAAUCUACUUCAACCUCUGUCAAAUUGAAUUGGAUCCAAAGAACAGCUCUGUUUCGUUCAAGGUUUCCCCACGCGUUGAGGAGCGGCUGGCUCGCGACGAAGACUCUCAGCUCGUGGCCGCAAUACUAAUGCGUAGGUUCUUUUCUCUUGUGGAAGAUCAGACUAAACUUGCAUUGCGAGAUCUUGAUUCGGCUGUGGGAUUUGUCUUCCCAUCUCUUUUUGGAGAAUGGCGGAAAUCAUCGGAUAGUGUCAAUGCCGGAAAUGUCACUCUCCGCGAGGACUCUUCGCCCCAGACGAACAAGACAGAGAAUGACCAAAAGAGAUAUCUAAUCUUCCCACGGCCAGUACGAGCGCCGGAACAGUUUACUCAGACUCUCCUGGAAAUCACAAAACAUAAUCAGAGCACCUCCAAGGAAGCCGUGUGGACAGAGACAAACCUCUUCCACGAGCGAUGGUGGAUAAAGCUGAGAUAUGUACCAGCCAAUGUUCCAGUAGGAACAUCUGUGGUAAUCAGAUUUCUACGAAAGGGAGAAUCGAUCAAGACAGGCGAUGUGUGGUAUCCAAAACCUGGACUCGCUCUAUUGCCGGCAGCCAAACUUCGUCACACAAUCCCUGUGAUUGUAGAGACACAUGAAUUCAAGAAUCAAGCUGGANGUCAUGAACAAAAAGAGACCAUCCUGGCCUUUCCCAGCAUUGGGUUGACAAGUCCUGCUUGCUCAUCAUUCAAAGGUCGCAAAGCUAUUAGCAGCCCGUGGGAGUACAUUUGCAUUUACAAGGAUAUCGAUUUUGUCGCGAGCGAGAAUCAUACUGUCAAGAUUGUAGCGCGCAAGAAGUCCAAUUUGUCUUUGUCUACAAAAUUUGACGCUCAUAGGAGAUAUUCCAACGUCAAGGGGGAGAUGUCGAGCUUGGAGCAUUCGUCUGAGGUACUUCGCCAGCCAGAACGUACUGAACAGGAAUAG